GCCGCCCCGUCCCGCUGCUUUUCGGGCCCGUGCCGCGCCGUCCCUCCCGCCCCUCCGCGACCAUGUUCGUUCCCUGCACCGACUCCGCCCCCGACCUGACGGGCUGUACCCUCCUCAUGCCAGCUGUAUCCGUUGGAAAUGUUGGCCAGCUUGCAAUGGAUCUAAUCAUUUCUACACUGAAUAUGUGUAAGAUUGGUUAUUUCUAUACUGACUGCCUUGUGCCAAUGGUUGGAAACAAUCCGUAUGCAACUGCAGAAGAGAAUUCAGCAGAACUCAGCAUAAAUACUGAAGUUUAUUCAUUGCCUUCACGGAAGCUAGUGGCUCUUCAGUUAAGAUCCAUUUUUAUUAAGUAUAAAUCCAAGUCAUUCUGUGAAAAACUGCUGGCCUGGGUGAAGAGUAGUGGCUUUUCCAGGGUCAUCGUGCUCUCAAGCAGCCAUUCCUACCACCGUAAUGACCUACAGCUCCGCAGUGCUCCUUUCCGGUACCUACUUACACCUUCCAUGCAAAAGAGUGUUCAAAACAAAAUGAAGAACCUUAACUGGCAAGAAAUGGAGAAAAGUCCCUGUAUUCCUGAAAUGAAAGAUUCUGAACUUUGUAUCCGUAUUCCUGGAGGUGGUAUCACAAAAACACUGUAUGAUGAAAGCUGUUCAAAAGGAAUCCAGAUGGCAGUCCUGCUGAAAUUCGCUUCAGAAGGGGACAACAUCCCAGAUGCAAUAGGUCUUGUCGAGUAUCUGAAUGAGUGGCUUCAGAUAACCAAGCCCUGUAGUGACUCCAAACCCUCUACCCUGCCAUGGAAGUUCCCAAGUUCUUGGAGGCUGCUCUUUGGCAGUGGGCUUCCCCCUGCACUGUUCUGAUCUGCUUUCAGUCUUAUGCCACAUAUCCCAAGAUAGUCAUUACCAACACAGCUGGUAAAUAUGCUACCAAAUGUGUGUUAUUCCAGAAAACCUCAAAGCACCAGAGUUAACAAAAAAAAUUGCUGUCUGUCAUCCUGUACAAUAAAUAUAAAUUUUUUAUAAUAA